GUGCAGACUUCCGGCGCCAAGUUCGAGCCUUUCAUCACCCGCUACCCGACCGACUCUGCGGAUCCCCUGAAGGCGGCCACCCAGGUCCCCAUCGUCGGUUGGCUCCAGAUCAUCGUUGUGAUCGCCUUGUCUGAGCUCUGGCGCUACGAGAAUGUCAUCAGCAAGUACUCCCAGGGUGUCCAGCCCGGAGACCUGGGCUGGAACCCGACGGCCCCGGUGAGCAGCCCCCGUCCCAAGUGGUUCGGCCCCACCUUCACCGCCGCGUACCAGCCCGAGGAAUGGAACAACAUGAAGCUCCGUGAGAUCAAGCACUGCCGCCUUGCCAUGGUUGGAUUCUUCUUCAUGGUCCUGCGGAACGCCUCGACCGGCGAGGGGCCAUCGCUGCUCCCAAAUUUGACCACUGCCGAGUUCCAGUCCUCCGUUGGUGCGGGCCACUUCGUGGUUGCGGCAGGGGGCUCACUGGCCGUCCUAAUUGAUGGCGACAACGUGCCCCCGACCUCGCUACAGUCCGUUCUGCAGGCAGUGCGGUCGGUCGGCCAGAUCAAGUACAGCCGAAUUUAUGUGAACCAGCACAAAGCUUUACUUUGGAAGGACCAGCUCUCAGAGCAAGGUAUCGAGACGAUCGUGGUGCCGCAGCCUUCCUCCGGGCUGAAGGACCCGGCAGAUAUCAUGCUGGCUGUGGAUGCUGUGGAGGAAUGCUUGAAAGGCACAGCCUUCGGCAUCGCUGUAGCAUCGGAGGACGUGGACUUCGCCAUCGUCUUGCGGAAGGUUCGUCAGCUCGGCCGUCGCUCCUUUGCCGUGACCCCUGCACGAUCGCCUUCGCGGUGUCAAGAACUUCUGCGCUCGGCAGCAGACGAGCUGCUGCUCUUCGGGGAGCGUCCCCGCAUCAGCAAGGUGGCGGAGCAUUUGGACACGUCGCGCCUGGAUUCCAACGUGGAGCUGGCGGAACAGGCGGACUUGGGGGACCAGCCCUUGACUGAAGAGAGGCAGAGGAGCAUGGAGAAGCUGGAAGAGCUGUUGCAAGAACUUGGCUACCUGCCCAGACCACCCCAGCGCGGUCUGUGGCUCAGUGGGGAGAUGACAAAUGUCCGUGUCCUGCCGAUUUUUGGUUGCAAGCCCCGCAACACGCAACAGCGACAAUGUGAGUACAGCACAUAUCCAAGCAUCGCCAAGCGACACCAGCCAGGCGUCAUGGUAGCCGCGCUGGCCAAGUUCUUCCACACGAACGGGUGGCGGACCUGGUAA